AUGGGGCAGCGGGAAGUACCUUUCGUUAAUGUCACGUUUGACUCGAAAGCCGACCCUGGAUUGGCAGAAUCACAGAGGAUUGCUCACUCACAUGCUGCUCGCUCUGCGCAUGCUCGCGUCCGACGAUUGCGGAUGAUACAGUAUCAGGCACAACAGCGGGCAAAGAUGCGCACACUUAAAAGCGAUAGAAAGGUGACGGUCGUCAUACCUCUGAUGCGGUGCAAUGAGAGCGCAGUGUUCUUCACGCAGCGCAUGAUCAGACUUUGGGUUCCCACUGCGAUCACCGAUCUGAGCCUGCUCAACAUCGUGUUGCUUGCCUCGUGCCGUCACUUGUCUGUUGGCUAUGGACAGGGACAGCAAGCACAGCAAUGUACCUUUCAGCAACUGAGCUUUCAGUACAAGUCCAAGAGUCUGCAGGCACUAAGGCAUGCCAUUUCGGCCGAGAUGCCCUUGCUGAGUGACUCGACAGUCGCGAAAGCGAUUAUGCUUGCCUAUGACGAGAAUCAAGCCACGAGUGAACGGUACCAUGUCGCUCCGCAAAACUUCAUGUCUGUCAUGUGUGACAGCAAAACGUCGAGUGCAGCACCCGAGGUCCGCCUAGACGCCGGUAAUGCAAGUGACUUCACUGGCACGGAACUCGGCGGAUCCAUGCGUGUAGACAGUGUCAUAGAUCAAUCUCUAGUCGUCGGUUCUGAGGAGGGAUCUCUCGACCCACUCUGGUGGCCAGACCUGAAAGAAACGACCGAGUGGCUCUCUUUGACCGGUGCAAUCGGUGGUGCAUCUUCCGCAUUACCCCGACUGGAACGUCGCGUCUUGGAGUUCUGGCCUCGUAUUAACGACACAAACACCUGGGCAUUCUGCAUCCAGACCUUCCUAGGCUAUGUCGAUAAUUUCCUGAAUACGGGUACCCUGCCUCUCGUCGAUUCAUUACCUGAUCGUCAAGGGGAUCCGCCACCUAUUUUACGUGAUGUAUACGGGGUUUGCGCGGCAUAUCGCACUUGUCAACCAGGAACCCGGCCUUUCUAUCUCACACUGUUGAAAGCCGGUGUCGACAACGCGAGCACAAGUAACGCAUCGCACACCGAACUGCAGGACCGACUAGAUCGCCUGCAAGCAUUGAUACUCUACUACAUCUUAUUUCUUGCAGGUGGUGUUCGUGACCAAUUCGUGUUCAUCCAAGUGGACUGUAUGUUAGCGCAGAGCACAGCCGAUCUCGAGCGGACGGAAUUAGAACUUCGGCAGACAUCCGAAGUAAUGAAUCCACAUCCUUCCCAAAGCCACUGGAAGAACAGGGUGUUUUGUGAGAAUGCCCGACGACUCAUCAUGAUCUCGUAUCUGGUGCGGGCUGUCUAUGCAGUGGUCCACUUCCACCGAUGUGAUUUUAUCAAAUACCUGGCUGGGCUACCUGUCUCUACUCCGCCGGACACGGAUCUGUCUGUGGAGGGGGACGUUGGAGGACCAAAUCCUGCGCAAUUGGUCUCGGGAGUCGUUUCUUAUGAUGAACUUGUGAGUGUCUGGGAGCAGGGAGGAUUGUCUCAGGUGGAUGAGUUUAGGUUUCUUUUGCUGGUUGCGUGCAAAGGGUUGGAUACGGUUCAGGGGAAAAUUCUCCCCAGUAUGUGAUGGUGAACGCUGAGUACCAUAACUGCCGAAUGCGUAUUACCGUAAUCUGCAAUUUACUGGGUAAAAAAACAAAAACUGCAACGAAAAGACCCAUUUCAAUCAGUUGUGAUGUUGGAAGACAUCGAUAGGUCCGUGCAGGUCUUGUGAUGGAUGCUUUGCGGAGGAAAGUGGGUCCAGG